CCCGCCUCCCGCCUGCGUCCCGCCGGGCCACCCCGGGCUCCGCGGAGUAGGUGGGGACGUCGGCGCGUCGGGGCGGGGUCGCCGUCUCCUCUCGGGUGUGAGCCUCCCUGCCCCGCUGCCUAGUGGCUCCCAGGCCGCGAGCUGGGUGCCGCCCAGGCCCGGCCAUGGCCCAGCAGAGAGCCCUGCCGCAGAGCAAGGAGACGCUGCUGCAGUCCUACAACAAGCGGCUCAAGGACGACGUCAAGUCCAUCAUGGACAACUUCACCGAGAUCAUCAAGACCGCCAAGAUCGAGGACGAGACGCAAGUGUCGAGAGCCACUCAGGGCGAGCAGGAUAAUUACGAGAUGCACGUUCGAGCUGCCAACAUCGUCCGAGCCGGUGAGUCCCUGAUGAAGCUGGUGUCUGACCUCAAGCAGUUCCUCAUCCUCAAUGACUUCCCAUCGGUGAAUGAGGCCAUCGACCAGCGCAACCAGCAGCUGCGAGCCCUGCAGGAGGAAUGUGACCGGAAGCUCAUCGCCCUGCGGGACGAGAUCUCCAUCGACCUGUACGAGCUGGAGGAGGAGUAUUACUCGUCCAGCUCAAGUCUUUGCGAAGCUAAUGACCUGCCUCUGUGCGAAGCGUACUGGAGGCUGGACCCGGACACAGACUCUGCGGAUGGCCUCUCGGCCCCCGUGCUGGCGUCCCCGGAGCCCAGCGCUGGCCCCCUACAGGCUGCAGCCCCUGUCCACUCCCAUGCCAGUGGCCCUGGGCCCACGGAGCACGCCUGAGCUUCCCAGGGCUCCCCUCCCCACGCCCCUAGGUUCUUAAGGCUGGUGACCCCUUCAGCCUUGCCUCCCUUUGGGGAGCCGUGGUGGCCUGCCUCCUUGGGGACUUUGCCCAGGGACAGCCCCCUGCCAGGAGUGUUGGGGAGGAUGAGUCCCCCCAGGGCCGUUGCCAAGGUGGCCCACCACCCUAAGUGGUCACCUCUGUUCACAGCCCUCCUGGCCUGCUGGGCAGAAGCUUCCUGGCCAGUGUGUCCUGGGAGGCCCUAGUAGUGGGGCAGGAGGAUGUCCUGCUGUUUUAAAAGCUGCAGUUGGUGCUCUGAGUGGACAGUAUUAGCCAACUCCAGACUCCCUGUCUAGGGCAGGCCUCCCAUGCAAAGCCCCACCUGCUGCCUUGUCCCAAGGGUCCCUACACAAGCGGACUGUCCCUGUGGGGGCUGUGACAGGGAGAGGGAUGGUGCCCUUCUCACAGAAGCUAGGACAGGGACCUUCUAAUUCUGCCGUAUAUGUUCUGGUACCUUUGUGAUGAGACCGUUGAAUAAAAGCAGCACUGCCCUUU